AUGGCUUCCCGUACUUAUAAUCAAAAACCACUAUUCGAUACUCGACUAGACUUUGAAUUCGGGGCCUGGAAAGUCGGCAGAAUUCUCUCAAGCAAAAUUCGGAAGCAGGAAGACCCACAAGGUGGCUUUACGUAUGAGCGACAUGAGGUUUAUGAUGCUACAAGAGUUGAUCAACCUUCCAAUACGCCAGAUGUCAUAAAAAUUAAAAAAGCAGACCACAAGGAAGGAACAAAUUGGACUAACAUCAAUAGAAUCACGUUUUGGAGUAACCAUAGAUAUUUUGAGCCUAGUGACAGUGUUUACCGCGAAAUAUAUAAUCUAUCACAAUUAGAAGACUGCAGGAGGAUACCUAAGCUUCUUGGGUACGCUUUCGAACGACAAGACUCUAGCGGUGAAUUACCAGGCGGGUACAUUGCAUAUAUUGUGAUGCAGAAGGUCCCUGGGGAGAAUCUACAUGGCUUCGACACACUUCCAAGAGAGGAGCAAAACCGAAUUCGAAUUGCCUUUAUUGAAGCGUUAUGUUUUAUCGUGGAUCUUGAAGAUGCCGAGCAACAUACCGAUCGAACAAAGGAUGAUUGA